AUGAAGUUCCUCAAUGUACCAAUCGCAAUUGCUGUCGCAGCAAUCUUAUUAUUACCUUGCGAAGCCAAGCUGGGCCAUGGGCUAUCCCAUCUCGAUAUCUUACAAAAACGACACUCUCAUAAUAGACUUCAUGCAUCACCACGAGCAGAAGAUUCUAAGAACUUGUUACAAAAGCGUGAUACUUGCGCAUUUCCAACGGAUGCUGGAUUGGUUGCUAUUACACCCGAUUCUAAAAAUGCGGGAUGGGCAAUGAGUCCAGAUCAAGCUUGUACUCCAGGCUCAUAUUGUCCAUAUGCUUGUCCUCCUGGUCAAGUGAUGGCGCAAUGGAAUCCAAAAGCCACUUCAUACACUUAUCCAUUAUCUAUGGAUGGAGGAUUAUACUGCGACUCAAACGGCAAAGUCAGCAAACCAUUCUCCAACCAACCUUAUUGUGUGUCGGGGACUGGUACAGUUGGAGUUGUAAACAGCUGUGGUGGAAGCGUUUCAUUCUGUCAAACGGUUCUACCUGGAAAUGAGGCUAUGUUAAUUCCAACAUCAGUGGAUGGAUCCUCUCAAUUGGCGGUUCCAGGUACAAGCUACUGGUGUGAAACCGCAGCCCACUACUAUAUCAAUGCUCCAGGAGUCUCGACUGCUGAUGCUUGUAUUUGGGGUGAUGGCUCAAAACCUAUUGGAAAUUGGGCUCCAUAUGUUGCCGGAGCUAACACUGUCGCUAACGGUGAUACCUACCUUAAAAUUGGUUGGAAUCCAAUUUGGACAUCCUCCUCCCUUUCAGAUACCAUGCCUACUUUUGGUAUCAAAAUUGAAUGUUCUGGGUCUGGAUGUAAUGGGCUUCCUUGUUCAAUUGAUCCAUCAGUUGAUGGAAUCGGAGGAGUUACCAGCGCCGAUCAAGCUGCAGGGGCUGGAGGUGCCAACUUUUGUGUUGUCACUGUCCCUUCAGGUCUAACUGCCGAGGUUGUGGUGUUUGAGCUCGGCGGUUCUGGAUCUUCGGCUUCCUCAUCAUCUAAAGCUGCUUCAACGAGCCCAACUUCCUCACUUUUCAGCCACACAACGACCUCUAUUGUUGCUUCCGCCUAUCCAACCGACGAAGCUCACGUGUUUCUUCAAGCUGGAAAUUCUACUUUUGGCGCAUCGAGUGUCUCCCUUGCCCAAACUGUUUCCAGCACUGGCACUAGCACUGGAGCAAUGAGUCCAAUCGCAAGUGCCGCCGAAACCGCUUCUGCAACAGCGUCAAGUACCAAGAAAUCGGUAGCUACAUCAACUGAAUUAUCAAAUUCGAUAUUUGGCCUCGUCCUCCUCCUUGCCAUCGGCUGCUUAAUCUGA